GUAAAUAAAUAAUUGGAUAUUCGGCUGAGGCGUUUACGUGUGUGUGUCUAUUUCCGUAGUAACAAGUAAACCUUUCAAACGAUGAUGUCGCAAAUGGAGUCGUUGAAGAACUCUACAAACAUAACGUUACUGUACACGUCAACGCCAAAAUAUAUAGACGUGGCGACGUAUACUCGUCUUCAAGAGUUGAAGUCAAGUUACGCAAAUAUUCACGGUUACCUCAGCACAGCUGUGUGUUUGGUUGGUAUUCUAGCAAACAUCGCAAAUAUCGUAGUGCUAAAUAAAAAGCACAUGCGAACGUCCACAAACAUAAUACUGUUGUGGCUGGCCGUCGCGGAUCUUUGUGCGAUGGUUGAAUACGUUACAUUUGCAAUACCCUUUUAUGUUUUUAAAGAGGAGGGAAUGCCGUCAAUAUUUCAUAAUAGGACAUACGGAUGGAUGUUUUAUCUGCUUUUUCACGCUAAUUUCAGUUUAAGCAUGCAUUCGAUAUCCAUUUGGCUAACGAUAAUGCUCGCAACGUUUCGGUUUAUCUAUAUUUUCCUUUUUACACGAGCAAAUAAGUAUUGCAGUAUAAGGCACGCGAAAAUUGUUAUUUUGAUAAUAUACAUAGGGGCUGUGGUGUUGUGUAUACCAAACUAUAUUUCCAAUUACUGGGUAAGAGUUAACAUAACAAAUACCGUAAGUGGAGAAAACGAGACAGUUUAUACAUUUGAAGAACGCAAUUACGGGCCUUAUUUGUACAUAUUCGAUAUGAAUUAUUGGAUUCAGUCAAUAUUAAUCAAGCUAGUCCCAUGUGUGCUGUUGACAAUUCUCACCAUCAUGCUGAUCCUGGGACUUCGAAAGGCGUACAAGAAUCACCAGCAGAUUCAAUCACAAGGACUGCGUAAUAAUGAUGUAGAGAAGCACCACGAACACUACCGCACGACGUCAAUGCUCUUGGCAGUGGUAAUUCUAUUCUUGAUAGUUGAGCUGCCACACGGAAUCAUGACGCUGCUGAUGAUCUUUAUGGGUGAGCUCCAUAGUGAGCUGUAUGACCCUCUUGGGGAUAUCUUGGAUAUUGUUGCAUUGAUGAAUAGUGGUGUAAAUUUUGUUUUGUAUUGUUCGAUGUCAAAGCAAUUUAGAGAUACAUUCAUUGCAACCUUUUGCAAAUGUUUCACUUCAAACGAGGACAGGGAAAAAUGGAUAAAUAUGUCUUUGAUUACACAACGUAAUCGAGCUUCCUCAAGAAAGAUGUCAAAUAUUACGCAUGCAAAUGGAUCGCUCGGUCAAAUGGUUUAGUUUGGUUAUCGGAUAUGAAAUGGAUGAACGUUGAGAACAAAAAUGGUAAAAUAAAUAAAUUUUAAAUGUGCGUUAACAUAAAGGCGAACAUAAUGAAAUAUUGGAAGUCUACGUUAGAUUAAAACAGAUGUAUAUCUUUGCAAAUUGUCUCAAGAUAUCGUUCAGCAUUAAUAUAAGCGCUUAUCUCGCUUAAUUGCUUGGGUAUUGGAAGGUUAGUAAUACACAAUUAAAACUAUAUAUUAACGGCAUCUUGAAAAUAUCAUUAUCGUUAUAUAAUACCUGAACAUACCAAUGUUUAGGAAAAUAAGUGUUCUAUGAAUGUUGUUUUCGAGUGUAUUUGUGAGAUACGUAAAGUAUGAUAUCCAUAAAUAUAGCAAUUGAUCAUAUUAUUAUUAAUCAACUUACGUU